AUGCCGGCACCCCACCCUCACCUCAGAAUGGUCUUCCAAGUUGUGCCUGAGGCUGCAGGACUGCCCGGGAGGGUUUGGGGCACAGAGUCUGGGGGCUGCAGACUCCCUAGUGUGGACCCCCGGCUUGCUGUGGUGGUCAUCGUCCCCUCUCAGCCCAGCUGCCCAGUGGGAGGGGUCAGGGCGAUCUGGGAGAUACGGCCCAGGAGGAGAGCCUCGCCUGCUGACCUGCCUGUGCCCCACAGCUCGGCCAUCGACAAGCGGUCAGGGGAGAAGGUGGCCAUCAAGAAGCUGAGCCGGCCCUUUCAGUCCGAGAUCUUCGCCAAACGCGCCUACCGGGAGCUGCUGCUGCUGAAGCACAUGCAGCAUGAGAACGUCAUUGGGCUCCUGGAUGUCUUCACCCCAGCCUCCUCCCUGUGCAACUUCCAUGACUUCUACCUGGUGAUGCCCUUCAUGCAGACGGAUCUGCAGAAGAUCAUGGGGAUGGAGUUCAGUGAGGAGAAGAUCCAGUACCUGGUGUAUCAGAUGCUCAAAGGCCUUAAGUACAUCCACUCGGCUGGGGUCGUGCACAGGGACCUGAAGCCAGGCAACCUAGCUGUGAACGAGGACUGUGAACUGAAGAUCCUGGAUUUUGGGCUGGCGCGGCAUGCAGAUGCCGAGAUGACUGGCUACGUGGUGACCCGCUGGUACCGGGCCCCCGAGGUGAUCCUCAGCUGGAUGCACUACAACCAGACAGUGGACAUCUGGUCUGUGGGCUGUAUCAUGGCAGAGAUGCUGACAGGGAAAACUCUGUUCAAGGGGAAAGAUUACCUGGACCAGCUGACCCAGAUCCUGAAAGUGACCGGGGUGCCAGGCACGGAGUUUGUGCAGAAGCUGAACGACAAAGCGGCCAAAUCCUACAUCCAGGCCCUGCCACAGACCCCCAAGAAGGAUUUCACUCAGCUCUUCCCGCGGGCCAGCCCCCAGGCCACGGACCUGCUGGAGAAGAUGCUGGAGCUAGAUGUGGACAAGCGCCUGACAGCCGCGCAGGCCCUCACCCAUCCCUUCUUUGAACCCUUCCGGGACCCUGAGGAAGAGACGGAGGCCCAACAGCCAUUUGAUGAUUCCUUAGAACACAAGAAACUCACAGUGGAUGAAUGGAAGCAGCACAUCUACAAGGAGAUUGUGAACUUCAGCCCCGUUGCCCGGAAGGACUCGCGGCGCCGGAGUGGCAUGAAACUGUAGGGACUCAUCUCACAUGGCACCGCUGGCCAGACACUGCCCAAGGACCAGUAUUUAUUUGUCACUACCAAACUCAGCCCUUCUUGGAAUACAGCCUUUCAAGCAGAGGACAGAAGGGUCCUUCUCCUUAUGUGGGGAAUGGGCCUAGUAGAUGCAGAGUUCAAAGAUGUUGGUUGGGAGAAACUAGCUCUGAUCCUAACGGGCCAUGUUAAACUGCCCAUCUGGAGAACUGCCUGCAGGUGGGGACCUUUCCUUCCCACUGGAGUGGGGCUGAGAGGGCGCUGAGCCAGGCCAGGGGCCUAUGGCAGUGAUGCUGCAUUGGUUUCCUAGGGAUGCUCUAACGAAUUACCACAAAUUGAGUAGCUUGAAACAGCAGAACUUGAUUUCCUCACAGUUCUGGAGGCUGGAAAUCUGGGAUGGAGGUGUUGGCAGGGCUGUGGUCCCUUUGAAGGCUCUGGGUAAGAAUCCUUCCUUGGCUCUUUUUAGCUCGUGGUGGCAGUGGGCAGUCCGUGGCAUUCCCCGGCUUAGUGCUGCAUCACUCCAGUCUCUGUCUCUUCUGUUCUCUCCUCUUUUAACAACAGUCAUUGGAUUUAGGGCCCACCCUAAUCCUGUAUGAUCUUAUCUUGAUCCUUAUUAAUUACACCUGCAAAUACUCUAUUUCCAAAUAAAGUCAUAUUCUUAGGUUCCAGGUGAA